AUGGCCACGUUCCACCUUUUCCCCUGUCUCCCCUUUGAGCUUCGUGCUCGCAUCUGGGAGCUGACAGUCGAGCCGCGUACUGUUGAGGUCCGUGGUAAGAGAGAGCAUGGGUCAUGGCGCAAGGUUUUGCAUGUAACCUCAUCAACACCGGUACCUACAGUCCUUCAGGCCUGCCAUGAAGCCCGAAACCUGAGACUAUACCAGCAGGCCUUCAUCUUCUCCUCAGCAGUUGAGCCGCGGUAUGUCUGGGUCAACUUCAAUGUCGACAUGGUAUCAAUUGGGGACACAGAUUUUGACACAAUGGAACCGGCUGAACAACUGCUGAUCCGCCGGCUUACCAUUCAGCGCGAGAAUACAGCCUCCUUCUUCUUUGAGUCCCUUGAGCUGUUUUCUAAUCUGGAGGAGAUGCAUGUCAUCUGUGAAGACGGCCUGAUGGCAUGGCAGGACGCCUGGGAAUAUCUUCCCUGGCCAUGUCCAAAAAAGAAUCUGAGGUUCAUUGACAAGGAGACGGGGCAGAUUGCAGUUGGUGAGGACCUGGAUAGGAUGGUGGAUGAAAGGAAGGCGUCUCUGCCUGAUGAUCCUGAAUGA